AUGACCGAAGGAGCUCAGUGUAUGACUACAAAUCACCCUGGCGCCGAGGUUAUAGUAGAGAAAGAGUUAGGUUUUAAUGCUGACACACCCCUUGUUCCUCAAGGAGUGGGCCAGUUUAGAAAGAGUGCUGUGUUGAAACAGGAGUCUAUUGAAAAUGUGCCAGAAAGGAAAACGCAAGAAACCCAGGCAAGCUGUAGACAGAGAUCCAGAGUGGCCAGCAAAGGGUUUGGUAAUGCAAUGGAUUCGGCAGUGAAGAGACAACAGGACUUAGACGCCGUGAAAUAUCACAGGCGAAACACUGACGGAGAACAAAAUAACAACGAAAAGGCAUGGGCGUUCUUUCAGGAGAAUCCUGAUUUUCAGACUUUGCAAAUUUCGUCACCUGAUAGCCCGAGAGGUGUGGAUGAACAUUCUGAGCCCUUAUUUUUUUUUUCCGCCGUAAACAAAGGCGAAACGGAAAUGAGCUCUUCAUUAAGUAAAGAAACCCGAAUUGUUAAAAGUCAGUGUAAAAUUAAUAAUGCCAACGCUACAUUGGAAGAGGAGGGGACCUCGGCGCCUGUUACUUAUUGUAUCCAAAUGGAAACAGAGCCAAGAAACGAGUUGGGUCAUUUGGUCAGUCCUGGCUACACAAGUGAUAAGAGCGAAUUUGAAACAAUACGAGGAAAUACAAACCUGGAAACAACUCAGGGACGUUGGGAAAGUGGAAAUGGCGUCCGAAAUCUCUAUAGUUUCAAAGAACCGGAUUUAGUGAUUGAAGUGGCUGGAAAGAAAAUCCGGGCGCACAAAUCCAUUCUGGCAGAGAAAAGUGACUAUUUCAAAGCACGUCUGUCGAGAGACAUUCUGAAAGUGAAAGGGGUAAGUUAUAAAACUUUAACGGUUCUGAUAGAUUAUAUAUAUUCUUCCAGAAUGGAGGUUAACAAAGAGAAUGUGGUAGAUGUCAUUACCGGGGCUAAGAUUCUGCAAAUCCCUUGCGCAGUAGAGUCUGCAAUGGACACGAUGACGAGCCAGAUAACGAUGGAGAACUGCUAUGAAAUUUUAACCAUAGCCAAAAAGCAAAGGUUAAAUGAAUUAAAGGACACAGCGUACAGAUUUAUGAGUGAUAACUUUUUGCAGAUUUUAAGGCAUUCUGCUGUAUAUGGGCGUUUAACAGGAUCUGAGAGGGAUUUCAUUCUGAAAGCAAGAAUGCAAGGGAAACAAUGCCUAAUGGUUGCUGAAAUAAACGAUGUUUACGACCGCGUCGGCAGCAGACCUCAAAGCAGAGAUAACAGCCGUCCCCAGAGUCCAUUGUCUAUAGUUUCUUUUGAGGAAAAUCAUUUGAUUUAUUACUAUAAUAAGGCACUAAAAGACUGGAGACAGUUGACUCAGAUGCCAGAGGAGGUAAACACAAAAGGGUGUGGGAUUUGCACCAUGUACAACUACCUUUUUAUAGCAGGUGGAAUAAAGAGAUACGGCGACAAAGGGAAGCUUUCGGAUAAAGUGUUUUGCUACAACCCUAUUACUGAUAACUGGAGCGAAAUUAGACCACUAAAUCAACCUAGAUCUCAGCUGAAACUGGUCUCGGCGGAUGGCUAUCUGUAUGCAAUAGGGGGUGAAUGUCUGUUCAGUGUGGAGAAGUACGAUCCUAGGAUCGACAGGUGGAGCCCUGUCGCUCCCCUGCCCAAAGGAGCAUUUGCAGUGGCGCAUGAAGCAACUACCUGUAACGGAGACAUCUACGUCUCGGGAGGUUCCCUCUUUUAUCGCCUUCUUAAAUACGAACCGAAAAGGGACGAGUGGCAGGAAUGCCCGUACAACAACAGCAGAAAAAAAUCAACAGACAUGGUUGCUUUUAAAAAUUUCAUCUAUAGGUUUGACGUUAACCGUGACAAGGGUGUCAGUGUUUUCAAAUACAACACCAUUGUGAAAUUGUGGAACGACAGCGUCUCUUUGCGACAGAGCAACCCAUUGCCUUUCAGAUGCGCAGUCAUAGGCAACUGCAUUUACUGUGUAAACAAAUCCCACACGCUGCAGUUUAUUGUGGAGGAGGACACUACACACUUUGGACCAGAGGAGCUUAAAGCUCCCUUUGAGGCUAAGGGAGUUCUCAUUCCCUUUAUACUCAGCCUUCCUGAGAAGACUGAUAAAGGCACAUAGUGGUGAUGCGGUGACAGCAGGUGACGAUCACAUGUGUUACAUUAUGUACCUUAACUUUGAUAUAUGUAUGUUGGGUGGGGUGUAAUGUUUGUAACUUGUAACUAAAUGUUAAAUGUUUCUUAUGCAUCACGACUGAACAACGUUCUUUGUCGUGCAGGCGAUCGGCUUUUGGAAUACAUUUUAGAAUAAUGUUUCCUUGGUUUAACCGAAUGCAUUAUUGAUCAUUAAUUUAAACGAUUAACUACGGAAUAACUACAGUUGUGUUAUGUAAUCUUGCUUUAUUUCAAUGUCUCAUUUUUAUUUUACUUGGAUGGUAUUAGUUUUAAAAAAGCAUGGAUCCUAUUUUGCUGUUACAAGUCCUGCUUCAGAUUACUUUAUAGUCACCUGGUACUUGGUAAUGGCAACGUGACAAAAAUUGAUUUUGAAAUCCUGAAAGCAGGGUGGAGACUGCAUUGCAGGCAUUUACAGUAAUCAUGCUAACACAUUAUUUGAGAAAAUCAGAAGUUUAAGCUUCAAAUAAAUAACCCGGGAGGUUUAUUAAAGAGAUGUCUUAUAGUUGUUUCUUAGUUGGUUCUGUGACAUUAGCAUUACCAGUUUGGUUUUUUUCUUUUACAAAAACAUGGUAGCAUUGUGGUAUGUUUUGUGAAUAUGACCAUUUCAUUUAUGUUACCAUUUUAUCUGUUGACUUUUUUUCUGUAUUUUCAGAGAAGAGAUAUUUCAUGCAAAAUGCAUUUUUGUGACAAACGGAACGGUAUUUCUUUUAUAACAAAAAGCUCUUUUGCAGUGUCAGACAUUCUAUUUCAAUAAUUAGCUUGUGGGCGCUUACCACCUUCAUAAGCUAGGACUGCACCAAUAGAACACUAAUUAUCUUUGCAGCUACAGUACAAAUCUGUAUCUUACCAGGUUGAACAAGAAAUGGAUUUAAAGAUGUAUGACAAGAUUUUUUAUAGUAUGUAAUGAUUUAAAUUUUAAAAGUUUUUGCCGCUGUGGUGAAUUUUUUAUUUUAUUUUUUUUAC